AUGGCCGGCGGCGAAGAGACGACGGCUGCGGCUGCCGCGGAGAUGGGUCUGGAGUUCUCGCGCGGCGCCGAUGUGCCCAGCUUCGAGUUCGCCUUCAAUUCCGAGAAGUUCUCCGACAAGGUGCUGCAGGUAGAGGUCGUCGCCGGGGACGACGGAGGAGGAGGACCCCUCCCCGACUCAGUGCGCCACAGCAAGGAGCAAGGUACACCAAUUUUAACUGUAAAGGCCCUUCAUAUCAAUUCAGCGAUUCUUGCUGCAAGAAGUCUUCCUUUCUUUCUAAAGCUUUUCUCGAAUGGCAUGAAAGAAUCUGAUAAUCAGACCCAUCCAAGGAUUAGGAUUGCCAAUUCAGAGGAAAUUGCCCUUAUGGAACUUUUAAGCUAUAUGUACAGUGGGAAGUUGACAAUAACUGAGCCCACUCUUGUGCUCGACAUCUUGAUGGCUGCAGACAAGUUUGAGGUUAUCUCUUGCAUGAGGCGUUGCAGUCAGCUGCUCACAAGCUUGCCUAUGACCACAGAAUCUGCACUGCUCUACAUAGACCACCCUUGCUCGACUUUAAUGGUUGCUGAGGUCCAGCAUGUGAUUGAUGUUGCCAAGGAAUUCCUUGCCAACAAGCACAAGAAUUUUCAUAAGUUCAGACGUGAAUUGAUGAACUUCCCUCUUGCUGGGAUUGAAGCCAUCUUGUCAAGUACCGACCUACAAGUAGCAUCUGAAGAUUGCAUAUAUAAAUUUAUGCUCACAUGGGCCCGUGCACGAUACCCAGAAUUGGAGGAAAGACGUGAGAUCUUGAGUUGUCGUUUACUUCCGCUGGUCCGCUUCAGUUAUAUGACACGUCCGUCACUUGAGGAUAUCCUAACAUGCACUGAUGAUGAUAUAGACCAUGAGCAAGUAGCUAAGCGUAUUGCCAAGGCACUUCUACAAAAGGCUGGCCCAAAACAGAUGGAAGGUGCUCUUGCAGCAGACAUAACAACCUGUUGGCAAUUUACUGAACGAGCUUACAAGUUCAAACCUGUGAAAUUGGUUGCUUUUGAUCGACCCUGCCCACAGGUUAUUGUUUACCUGGAUCUAACACGCGAGGAGUGCUCCCGACUCUUCCUGUCUGGAGCUGUACGGUCGCGUGGCUUCCAGCUUGCAGGGUGGGAUGGGAACAUGCAACUCAACCCAGUCUGUACAAUGGAUGAGCAGAGUAAGGUGUGCACCUUUGGCCUCUGCUUAAUGGGAUUGGGUUCAACAGAUUUGACAGUAGAUAUUGAAUUUGCUGCAAGGAUAAGAUCGUCGGGAAAAUUUGAGAGCAAGUACAGGUGUAAGGGCACCUUCACCCGUCAUUUGUUGGAACAAUGCGAUGAUCUUUUUGGCGUUCCAUGGUCAACGUUCAUUGCCGAUGACAACCUCUUCAUCGAUGGUGUGCUGCAUCUGAGAGCUGAUUUGGCGGCGGUCCAGCAGCGGCAGUUACAUGCUUGA